AUGAUUCAGACAACCCUUGCUGAUGUUGUGGCACCGAGUUCUACUAUUGAUGCCCUUACUGUGAUGAAAGUAGUGUGCCAGCGUGGCCAAGGGGCCACUGAGGAGGUGACGGCUCUAAAGGCCACUAUUACUGAGCUGAGGAGAAAUGUGGACCAGUUGGAGUCCACUGACAUAUCGAUGCUUUUCGGUAUGGUGGAGAUCCCAGAUGUACCAGUUGAGCCAAAUAUUCCUCCGGUUACCACUAGAGAUGUUGUUCGAGCUGAUGAGGUAUCUGAUCCCGAGUUUGAGGCGGAGAUGGAUGAAGAGAUACUUGGGGUUGCUGAGGAGAUGUCUUACGAGGGCCUUACGGAGACUUAA